AUGACCGUCGUUGUCAAUCCACUCAUCGGAGUCGUUGGCAUCGCGGGGAACGCCGUCAACUGCGCGGUGCUGAGAAAGAGCGGCUUCUCGAAACCGUCCAACAUUUUCCUGUUCGGCUUAGCCGUGGCCGACCUUCUCGGACUGCUCCCGGCCGUAGACGUUGCCUUUAUGCUGACCAAGUUUCCCAAACAUAUCCCCCCGGGUUACAGCUACUGGGAGUACGACUGCACGGACAACCGCCUCGCCUUGUUUUACUUGAAUGUGAGCAGGAUCUUAAUUUCCCUAGCCGCUUUCGGACAAAACGCCAGCUGCUGUCUCUGCGUUAUUAUAACCAUCGAACGCCUGAUCGCAGUGUUUUUUCCUUUGAAAUUCACAGCAAUCGUCCGGCCCAAGAGAGCGUGGCUGGUUGUUGUGCUGCUUUACGUGUUUUGGACGGUUUUUGCGUUUAUGUUCGCAAGGAAGAUCACGUUUUUUUUCACAUACACGGCCAAAUACAAAACGUGCCUCAGCACUUUUUACCUGGAUUUCGAUGACGCGGAACGGCUGCUCGACACCGUGGCCACGUGGUUGUCCUGCUACGUUUCUCUUGGAAUCGUUGUCAUCAGUUCUAUUCUCAUUGGCGCGAAGAUUAAAAUGGCGAACCGGAGAAGGGCGAAAAUGACGUCAUCAAACUCUGCGUCCUCUGUCACUCGCACGACCCAGACCUUAAUGGCGGUCUGCGUGGUGUUCAGCAUCACCCAAAUGGUUCGGUUUCCGUACGCGAUGUUCAGGGUGUCCUUCCAAGACGAGAUCGCCUAUGAAACAUACCAAAUGGCGCUAACGCUUACAUCAAAUUUGAACAGCGCGAGCAAUUUUGUUAUAUACGUCAUUUUGAACAAUAAAUUUAGGCGAAUUUUCUUAGGACUGUUU